AUGUCUUUACCAUCACCGUUAACUAAUCAUUCUCCACAUCAUUUCAUCAAUUCAGAAAAGGAAAAUCGCGAAAUAUCAUCAAGAAAGUUACUCAAUCAUCAAAUCAAUCAAACUUCAAUCAAAUCAAUCUCACCUUUAACUAAAGCUAGAAAAACUUUACCUUCUCCACCUACUUCGAUUCCUUCUUUAACUCCACCUUUAGUACCUUCAAAACGGAAAUCAGUGGUCUUUAACGAAGAACGUCUUGGAAGCGCUCAAAGUAUACCAAAUCAUAGAUCCAAGUCAAAACCUUCGACUGUCUCAUCUCAAUCUAUCAAUUCAUCAGAUCAAUCAAACAAAGCAAUCUCCUCCGAUUAUCAUAAACGCGCCAGACUCGCACUGGCAAACCCUCAAUGUGCUCCUAUCACACCUUCAACCAAGCAACUUUCCAAUGGUCGUGAUCUACCUCGCUCUCGUCCUACUUCUCCUCUAGCUAAUCGAUCUAGUACAAAAUCUUUGGAUAGGUUUUAUUUUCAUGGUCGUCCUUCAAAUGAACCCAUUCAUCGUACUCAGAGUCCAACCCUCUCUGCCUCUGCGCCUUGCAAGAAGACCUCUAACCAAGCUGAUAUGCUCAUAGAUGAAGAUGAAGACGCCGUAGAUUCCGAUGGCUCGGAUGAGGCAAUAGUUCAGGAACUUUUGCCUCGCAAUCUCAAUGGUCAUAUGCGUAUCCGAGCUUAUUCUCUCGAUGCGAAAAGACUCAACCUUGGCCGAGACCUGACCUCUUUCUCGGUGUCGGACACUUCCCUCGCUGGCCCUACCACAGCCAAUGAAGAGGAUGGAUCAGUUCCACGUCCUAUUUUGAAGAAAACCUAUACUCAAAUUCAUAUUGCCGAAUCCCUUGAACAAGCCACUCGUUCUAAUGGUAGACCAAAGUUGACCUUUGAAGCUCACAUGUUUCCUGGAAGAUCUCAUCUAGCCUCUAAUAACGCGUCUAGAGCUCUUUUGUCAAUCACUGGAGCUGCUCAAGGUCGGAUGAUGAAUAUCAGUACGAGACCCCUUGAGUCCACUUUACCAUCCGCAUCUUCAUCUACUCAACCUGUACGAGGCCGUUCCCUAGCGCAAAGAACAUCCGAGAAUGUUGGGGAUCAAACUGACGAUGAGGCAUCCUCCGUGGACGGCAAUGAUGGUCAAACCGUGUCCGAGCUUGUGCCGGACGCGCCUACACAAGAAGAUUGCUACAUUGCCGCUGCGCGUACUAGUUUAUUGACCCUUCAAGCCUCACUUCUUCCACCACCUAACCAAAUGAGAUUAGAUCCAGUCUCACCUCUAGCUGCACUUACUAGCCCACAAAAACAACAAGUUGGUCAAUUAGGCAAUCUACUCGGUAGUCCCAGAGAACCCAAGGACAUCUUACCACGUGCUCCCAUUCAUAACCCUCGACUCGAACCUUUAGAGAUUAAAACCAAGAUGAAAAAGCGCGCUCGGUGUUUGGGUUCGUCUACCUCCAGAAGAACCGGUGCCCGGAUUUCCACUGUAACCUCUCGAGCUUCUCAUGCACCACCUCAAACGCCUGAUCGACAAAUCAUUCGACCCAGUGAUGUUCAAUCUCUACCAAGAGCCGUCAUCACGCUCAGAGAAGUCGAAGAAGCCUAUCUUUCUUUACAUCACAAUCUUUCCUUACUGAGACAGUAUUGGUUAAAAGAAGGUCUAUUAGCAGAAGUAGAUGAGGAAGCUCGAUUGUCCAAACUUUUUGUAGAUGAUUUGGCAAGCUCUUUGAUGGCAUGUCUUGUACGUGAAGUUGAGAAUUUAUGUCGACUUCAGUCCAAUUUACCUGAGUUGAAUCCCAUCGGGUCAAGCUCUGGUGUAGCAAGUAAUCCAAAUACCAGCAUCGAUGCGGGUAGUGACCUAUCUAGAAUGACCUCAAUAUCAACAUCAGCAGCCCAGCCAUCAACCGCCUCAAAGCCUACACUCCAAUCUUCGUCACCCUCAGAAAAGGUGGGCAUCUCAACCAACGAGAUCCGAAGACGUGUAGCUGAGAUUGAGACGGGUCAAGCUGGACUAAGAUGUAUUGCACUUUUUUGGAGUUGGCCACGUUGUAUGGUUAAUUUUGCUGAAGCUCAUACUCAAAGACUCAUUUCACUCUUAGUGGAUAUACCAGGUUCAUUAAUUCUGAGGCGUAAAAAGAAUUUACCCGUGAUUGGAACAUUUAAUCAUAUCUUCAAGUCUCAAAGCCUUGGUUUAAACCUUCUUGCUCCUCAUUCACAACAUAUCAUCGAUGCUGUCUCACAUACACUUUAUCUUUCAGCGGGUAAGAGUGGUGAUAAAGGGAAACGAGUUUUGUUACUUGGACUUGGGGCUUUAGAACAAUUGAUCAAACAGAUACCUGAACAAAUUUUACCUCGCAUCAGUAGGGUUGUUGAUCCACUUCUUGCUGCACUUGUUUCACCUGAAGCCAGCUCUUUGAGACAUCAAGGGUUGAGAGGAUUAGGUGCAUUGAUCAAUUGUACAAAAUCAGAUUGGAACCAAGGAUUGAGACAGUCUGCAGUUUCUUUGGGGUUUUCGGAAAAUAGUCAAUCUGGGAAGAGCCUCUCAGAUGCUCAAAAGAGUAAGAAAGAAGAUUUCCGGGAAAAGAUUUCAACGUAUACAUUUGCGCAUUUCACUGGACAGUCUAGUCCUAGGGCUUGGCAAGUUCUUAAUAAACAGCUUUCAGAAUCGUUUAAAGUGGGUGAUCUGGGUUGGGUGAUCAGCUCAAUGGCAACGGUGAUUGCUUUACUUGGUAAACGUAUCCGUCGAACCGAUCCUCCGGUCACUCGAUGUUUCAAGCCUCAUAUUCAGAUAUUAUUACAGAAAGAUGGACCGGUGAAACAACUAGCUUAUCAACUUUGGGAUUAUUAUAUCUUAGUAAUGCUCAUUUGGAGUAUUGAGAAUUUACAAGCCAAGAAAUCAGAAGAGAUUUGGGGUUUAGAUAAAACUCAAUUAUCUUUCUUUUUACAAAUCUUUCAUAACUCAUCCUUUUGGCGUACGAAUUCAAACUUAUCUUCUCAUACUACAUCUAAUUCAACCAUGCCUGUUAUGUCACUUAAUGGUCAAAGAUUAGUAGAGUAUGAUUUACUUAGACUUGCUGAUCAUUCUCGUAAACCGAAUCUUAACUGUGGACUAGGAACUGGUAAAAUGAACUCUGGUAAUGGAGCAAACAUUCCACCCAAGAUCGCUCCUCGUCCUCCUACUCAGAUUGGAAAAAGUGUGAUGAUCAAACGAUCUACUUUACAUCAUUCGAUCUCAGCAUUUCUUUAUGGUACGAUAGGAUGUGUACAAAAGUAUUUACUUGUACCUACUCUGAUGUUAACGACUCCAGUGAUCAGACCAGAAGAAUGGUUAGAGAGUGUAGCACAAUCAUCAAGGUUUCGACAUUUAGAUAUUAUUUGGGAAGAGAUCAUUGAACCUAGUUUACCGAAUUUACUUCUUAGUCAAAUUGAUGAUCAUCGACUUUAUGCAUCUGAAAUCAUUAUAGCAUUAUGUGGUGGAAUUGAUGAAAUCAAUGAAAAUGAAAAAUUUGAAUGGAAUUUAGAAAGAUUUUUACAUCCAGUUUAUCAUGAUCCACCUAUUAAAGUUGAUCAACCAUCUAAGAUUGAUUUAGAAAAGUUUUCGGAAUUAGGAUUUAAAUCAUUAAUUCAACCUAAAGAAAUCCCAUCAUUAGAUUUACUUUGGAUUUGUUGUAGAUCUUCAAAUUUGAUUUCAUUAGUUUUUAAAUCAUUAAAUUCAAUGAAUUCGAUUUCAAACUCGAAUGAAUUUCAAUGGAUUCAUGAUCCUUCAGAUCCUACAUUUCAAAUUAUUCCAAUCCCAAUCCUAAAUAUAUGGAAAGCUUAUCUUAAAUCAUUAAAAAGAGUACAAGCAAGUUGGAAGAUGAUUGAACCUAAAUUUAAUUUAGCCUUUUUGGAAGUUUUAUCAGUUUUAAAAGAAACAUUAUUGAAUCGUCAAAAUGAUUUCGUAUUAUCUAAUCGGUUAAGAAUCUUAAGGUUUCGUGAAUUAUAUUUAGUUUUAAAAGAUGAAAUGGGAGAUGAAUUAAUGAAAAAAGAAAUCAUUGAGCGUGAUGGUCAAAAAAUCAGCGGAUUAUCAGAUUUGAUGAAGUUUUUAAUUGAUGGUCAAAGUCAAAACAUCUUGAAAGAAAGAACUGAAACGAAGCUUGAAAAUGAUUUAAUUGAAUAUAGUGAUUUGAUUGAAAUGAUUUUAAAAGAUUUAAUUUUAACUCGUAAAUCAUUUGGAUCACCUAAAUUAUUGAAUUUGUUAGGUCGAGAAAUAUCAAGUUUAGGUUUGGAUUGUCAAGAAGAAAUCUUAAAGAAAUCGAUUGGUAAAAUCAGUCGAAAGAUUACAAGUGAUUUAUUGAAAUUAAUUGAAGCUGGAGUAGAUUGGGAUGAAGUACCUAUUGAAACUUGGAUGGUCAAAUUGAUUGAAUUGAAUUUAUUAAGUUUUGUCAACGUAACAGAUCAUUCAAGUGAAGUAGCGGUUCAAAUUGAUUUAGAAAUCAGUUCUAGUGAAGUUUUAAUUGAUUUGAUUAAGUUUUUGGGUAGGUGUAGUGAUGAAAGUUUUGGUAGAAUGAUGAUAGGUUGUAGUGAUGGAUUAGUAAAAUAUUUAGAGUGUCAUUUAGAGAAUAUUGGUAAUGGUACGGAUCAGCUUUAUCAAGCAUGUCUUAAUCGGUAUAGUUCAUAUGAAGGAAUUAUACCAGAAGAAAUGCAAGAAAAUUUCAUUAAAUUGGUUUUAAUACCAUUUGAAUCAUCAUCAUUUGAUCUUGAUCAUCAAUUUGGUUUUGUUAAUCAAGUUCUUUUACCAUUCUCAAAAACUAAGAAUGGGAUUUUUUUAUCAGAAGAAAAUCAGAUGAUUAAAUCGUUAUUCAAUACUCAUGUUAUGGUAGAUAUCGAAAAAGGCGGUGAAGAUACUGAUCCUUUGGUCUUGGAUCCAAGCCGAGUCGAAGUAGAAGAACCAACUGAUUCGUCGAUGUUCAGUCCACCACGAGAAAAUCUUAAAGAAUGUGAGGAAGUAGUCAAUAAGGAAGGUAUCUUGAUCGGAUCAGGAUCGAAUGUCCAAGAUGAACUAGAAAUGGAGCGAACGGACCAGUUUACAUCCAAGAAAGAUACAGAAGCUUUCAAGAGGAGUCGGUCUAGCUCAUUAAGCUCGAUCGGAUCAGGAUCGAAUGUACUCGAUGGACCAGAAAUGGAACGAACAGAUCAGGUUACACCCAAGAAAGAUCAAGAAGUUUUCAAGAGGAGUCGGUCUAGCUCAUUAAGUUCAAUCGGAUCGGAAUUCUCUAGAUCUAAAGAUAGUAAAGUCAUGAGUGAUAUGGAAGUUGAUCAAGUCAAGAAUCAAAGAUCAAAUCAGAAAUCAGAAACGGUUGUAGGGAAGAAGAAAGGAAAAGGUAAAGAAAGGGAAGAGAUUAAGAAUCGUAGAAGAAGUACUCGUCACAGUUCUAGAUCUACUCAAUCUUUGAUCAUCAGUUCAGAAAAUGAUCAAUUUAGUCAAGAUGAAUUACCUAAAGAUGAUUCAAGAAAACCUAAGAAGACUUUAUUGAAACGAGAAAAGACAUUGAUUAAGGUUAACAAUAAUUUGAAUACUCGUCCUUCUUUAUCUGCUGUUGGUGGUAGUGGUAGUAGUAGUAGUAGUAGAAUACCAUCAGAGAAUCAAAAAGAAGGAAAAUCAAAUACUCAAAGUCCAAAGAAAGUUGGUAAACGGUCACGUACUAUUAGUGUAACUAGUCAUGAAGAUUCUCAAGAGAGAGGUCUAAGGAAGAGAAGAAGGUCUAAUCGAAUCAAGCAAAAUGAUACAAGUUACUCUGGAUUCAGUGGUAUGGUUGUCGAAGACAAUGAAGAACAGCUUACUCAGAAUGGUUCGGAGACUACUGAUACUGAACUUACAAUCGAAGCUCCUCAGGCAAUGGUGGUAGAGGAAGUUGAACCUUUGAUCGAAACUCCUGAGGUGAAGACGUCAGAGGAAGUAGAUGCUAACUGCGAGGACACGAUCGAAGUCGCGAGCAAGAGUAAUGCAGAGCCCAAUAGAGAGCUUGACCACAACAUGACAGACGCGGACGGUUUCACAAAAAGUAGUGUUGAUAAAGAUGUAGAGGAAAGUCCGGAGAGCUUUACAGAACUCGUCGACAGCGGUAGUGGCGCCGAGGGGGAUAAAUCAGUAGGGAACGAGGAAGAGGUUCAAAGUUUGGAUAAGACUGUUAAAGAUCAAAGUCUUAAACUUCCUUCUGGAGCCGGACAUGAAGAGAACACGUACGAUCCUGUCAAUAUAUCUUCUACAAAACGAUUAGUCAAUUUUGUUAUAGCAAGUAAGGAGAAAGGAAAAGAAGUUGAACGACUGGAAGGAGAAAAGAGUGGAACAAGCCUUAGAUCUCCUAGUUUCUUAAGUAUGAGUAGUAGUACUAUGAAUCAUACGAAAGAGGUGGUGGUGUUAUCUGGAACUCGAAUGAGUUUGUUACUCGGUAGAAGCUCUAGUACUUCUUUGGCGAUUGGUGGUGAAGUUGAGGAGAAAAGAUCCGAUGAAAUAGAAAAGAACGUGAAUGAGGAGCAAGUAACUUGUCAAGAUCCUGCUACCGAGGGAGGUAAUAUACCUGAAGGAUCACAUGACCUGCUACUCGAAAGUCAUUCUACCACCCCCAUCGGUGAUGCGGAAGUGGAGCAUUCUGAUAAACUUUCAAGUCGCGAAGGUCAUCAUUCUACCGUCAUUGCCAACGAUGAGAAGAGUGAUACGCCUAAUUGGACACCUGUAGAUGAAAGUUCACUAGAUAUCAAACCAACAGCCUUCUCAUAUACUCUAUCGGAAUCUCUGGAAGCAAACCCAUGGGCUGAAUUGGCUCCUCCUAACACCACUCGUACUCAAGUCGAUAGCACUGAUCAGUGUGAGAAGAGUAUUGAAAGUGUAGAUAUCCCUACAUCAGCAAAUAGCCGAUCGAUACGAAAAAGUCGCCAGAUGCUCUCACCUGUUGUUGUUAUCCCGUACAACCCGUUGAGGUAUUUUGACCCCAAAGGAAGAGGUACAAGUCAGAGUAGUAGUAAGCAGAGUAGUAGUCAAAUCGAUCAUGACUCUGGUAGUCGACCUAUCGCUCGCACACGAUCUCAAGCUCGUCUUCGGAUGAGCUUAGAACACUCGUCGAGUAGUCAGCUAUCAUCACAUUCUCCACAGCCCUCCUCGAAUAUCAGUCAAGUUGAUCUUCAUACAACCGGGGAAUCGAAGUCAAGGGAAGAGAAAAGUCUAGAAGAUGAAGAUCAGUCUGAUGAUGACGACGAAGAUCAGUCUGAUGAUGACGACGAAGAUCAGUCUGACGAUGAACUUGAAGAGAUAAGUAACACCAGAAAGCUUGAAGAUGAUAGGUCGAAUGAAAGAGUGAUGUCACCCGCCACGAAACGUCCUCGGCGUUCCGAGAUUGGUUUAGAUUCUUAUCAACCAGAUUCAAUCCUUUUAGAACGAGUCACACGAUCUGAACGACCUUUGACACGUUCUUCAUCUCGUUCAGAUCAAGGCUUAGAGAAUGUAGAUGGAAGUCAGAAAGGGGAAUUAAGCCAUUCAAAGAUUGAUCCUGAUUUAUUGAGGGUUCAAUUAGAUCGAUCUCAUUCUGUAUCUUCUAGAUCAUCGAGUGGAAGUAGAAAAAGUUUGAGGAGUCGCACGCUUGGUCAACGGAAGGAGCCUGAGGUGCCAAAAGGGCCAAUGGUAAACCAAGAUGAUCAUUCAGUGGUGAAUGAAACAAAUGAGUUGGUUGAGAGCACACAAGAUAUCAGGGCUCAAGCAGAGAAUUUUUCAACUGAGAAAUUAUUGAAGUUGACUAGAGUUACAGCAAGUUUAGUUGAAGAAAGACUAUCAAAGAAAAAAUCAAAGUGAAAUGAUGAGGAUUGAAUGAUGAAAUGAUUGAAUGAUAUUGAGUUAUUUUUUGUUUUGGAAGGUUUUGGGUUUAAGAAAGUUGGUUUUUUAGAUUAAUAAAUUUUGUAAGAAUUGAUGGUCAUUUUUUGAUUUACUUGAAUUUUCUUGGUUUGGUUUGGAUGAUUUAUUUAUUUAUUUUUCUUUGGAAUUACUUAUGAUUAUUGAUUUUAAUAUAAAAUUUUAAAUGGAAACAAAACAAUUGAUUUUGAAUUAUAGGAUUUUUAUUAUAUUGGACAUAUACAAUCUUUAGUUUAUUUAUGAUUUGUUUAGAUUUAGGAAAACAAAUAUAAUUUCAUUUUUUUCUUUGUUCUUGGACUUUGGUUUUGGGUUUCUUGAAUUGGAUUUUUGAUAUUUGUAUCACUUGAUU